AUGGCUACUGUGAGCGAAUCCACAAGCUCAUUAGCACAAGCACAUGAUGUGGUUGAAUGGCCGGAAGAGGUGGUUAACAAGUUUUGGGAAGUGUGUGUGUCGGUGAUGGAUUUGCGCACGGCGAAACAGCUGGAGCAGAAGUUGAGGAAGGGCACGGGAACGGAGUGUCUGAUCGAGAUAAACACGUGUUCGCACAGUCACGAAUCGUCGGUCGCGGGAAAGUCGAUAGGCGAAAAGUUAGGAGGUGAGAGAAAAUCGGAAGAAUGUUGCGGUCAUGUGAAGACUGGUGAGAUUCGAAACACGUUGACGCCGUAUUGUUACAAGAAAUUGAAAGAUGACACGUUAGGGGAGGAGUUACAGCGGAUGUGUAGUCGGAGGUUCUUUAUUGCCGAUCACAUGGGCUUGGUUGCGGAGAGUGCGAGUUCAUUGUUUGAGAAGGCUACAGAGAAACGUCAGGUGGCAUCAACGAAGGAGAAGGCGGCGUUGCAGGGGUUUUGUUUGAAGUUGGCAAUUGAGCAAGUGAUUGUUCAGAAGGUGAAGAAGUUACGCACACGCUCGGAGCAAAUGACGGUAAAAGAUGGCGGUCGUUUGGCUUACCCACAAUCUUACAAAAUAAUGUUCCCGAAGUCGCACUACAGAGAACUCAACUCCGUACCGGCAGAUAACAUGGCCGAACUUAUGGACCGAGGUUGGACCAUUGUGACCAAUUGGAUGAACUGUGAAGACCAUCCUUUGGUCUCGCGUCCCAAAAGGCAACUCAGAAAAGACAAAGCACCAGCCAUGGAAACCGUGCCCAUCCAUGACCUCAUUGCCGAAGACGUCGAGUGGCUAGACAUGCACUCACUCUUCGAAGACCAAACACCUUUCUCACCUGACCCCUGCAGAACAGAUUUUGCCCUCUGGAUCAACGCUGCAGAAAUCCCAGCCGUGCUCAAAGGAAUGUCGGCGCUCUCCCUCAAACUCACUUCAUUACCCUUCGAAAUGAACCAAAAGACACAGGCGAAACUUACCAUCAAUAAUAAUUUGUUUGUUGACAUGUACAAGGCUGGCUCGUUCUUCAGGGAUCAUGCGGACAACGACGUCGAACCGGAACGAGACAAUGGCAGGACUUUUACCUUCAUCUACAUCCUGCGAAGCCCCUGUCAAAUGCGCAUGUCUGCGUUGAACAAGACGGCCAAGGCGACCACUCUAAACCUGCAGCCGAACUCCAUGCUAAUAUUCAAAAGUAGAAGGUUCAAGUACGAAAUUCCAAAGGAAGAUCACAAACGAGUCAUGAUCUACUACUGGUGCCAUGGCAUGAACGACGUAUGA